AGCGGCGUGGGAGAGCAAGGAGCGGUGCGGGAGCGUGGCAGCUCUCAUCCGGCCUCGACGACAACAAAAAAACAAAUACAAAAAACCCACUCGCCUACAUCCACGGGGCCGUCGCCAUGCCUUGUCGGAAGGAGAACUACAUCUUCCUGGAGCAGUCCGUCACGGUGGGCUCCAAGGAAGUGGACGCGCUGGUGACGAAGAUCGGCGAGGCGCUGCAGCUCCACAACAAUAGCGGCGGCCACCAGAAGAAGACCGUGGCCGUGUCGUGUCUGCACGGACUCGCCGACGCGGUCAAGCCGGCGGCCAACUUUGUCGUCGGCGGUUCGACGACGACGACGACGGCGGCGGCGGCUCAGAAACGCCAAGGCUGCUGCAUGAGGCUACGGAACCGCGGGAGCAGCCGGGCGAGCCCGUACCACAUCCCCGGGUCGAGCGAGACGGAAUGGGACCAAAUCAAACCGUGGAGCAAAAAGAGGACGCACGCCGACGAGGACGACCCGCACCGGUUGCUCCAGGAGCUCAUCUUGUCCGGGAACUUGAUUAAAGAGGCCGUGAGGAGGCUGCAGUUCCCGGCCGCGGACUGUGGAGACUUCCCCAAGGCGGCGGACAACGUGCCCUGCUGAUCCGGCCACACACACACAGACACACUCAAGGACCCCCCGGGCCGGUUCCUCCUGGAGGGACCCUGCUCCUCCACACAAGAGACUGAGCGUCAAACUCACAAGACUGGUAGUUUCUUUUUUUCAUUCAUUUUCAUCCAUUUUGUCAGGAAUGUCGCGUCAGCCUCGCCUGCUAGCCGCCUGGCUAACCUUGUUUAUUUUUGAAAUUUUUGUUUUUCUUCAACUUUAUUUCAACGACAAUAUGAUACAACAGUUCUAAAAAAGGCCAACCUUGUUUAUUUUUAUUUUUAAAAAAAAUUUUUAAAUUUUUUUGUACGUUUUUCUUCAACUUUGUUUAUUUUUUUUAUUUAUUUUUUUUUGUACGUUUUUCUUCAACUUUAUUUCAACGACAAUAUGAUACAACAGUUCUAAAAAAGGCUAACCUUGUUUAUUUUUAUUUUAUUUUGUACGUUUUUCUUCAACUUUAUUUGUUUAUUUUUUUUAUUUUUAUUUUUUUGGUACGUUUUUCUUUAACUUUAUUUCAACAACAAUAUGAUACAAAAAUUCUAAAAAAAAAAGGCUAACCUUGUUUUUGUUUUCCUCAACUUUAUUUCAACAACAACAUGAUACAACAAUUCUAAAAAAAAAAAAGGCUAACCUUGUUUAUUUUGUCUUUUUUUUUAAAACAUUUAAUUUUUUAAAUGUUUUUCUUCAACUUUAUUUCAACAACAAUUCUAAAAAAAUGCUAACCUUUGUUUAUGUUUGAAAAUCUCCCGGAGCUCAGACGUCACCGGGCGGGUCACAUUAGCUCCAAUACGCCGGGAUCAUCAACAUUCAUUUAAUAACAUCAACAAUGACGUUUACAUUUCUUGUAUCUUAAGAAAACGGGAGUGUCCGGAUGCGUAUUUCUUGAAAAAGCCACGUAAACCUGUAUUUUGUGUUAUUAUUUCCCCCUUUAAAACCAUUCAUUGUUAGUUCGUGGUGUGUUUUGGAGGGGUUAGGGUUGGUUCCAGGGCCUAGGCCGGUUCCUUCUGGAUAACCCUGCUUCUCCACACAAGAGACUGAGAGUCAAACUCACAAGACUGGUAGCCGUGUUUUUUUUUUUCAUUCAUUUUCAUCCAUUUCAGCCGCCCGGCUAACCCUUGUUUAUUUUUUUUUACCAUAUAGAAAGCCUCUUUUUUUUUUUUAAUCACAACAUGGUUUCCAUUCUUCAGGUGCACGAAAAAAUUCACACAAAUCGAGAUGCUUUUUCCGGCUAACCUUUUGUUUAUGUUUGAAAAUCUCCCGGAGCUCAGACGCCACCGGGCGUGUCACGGGAGCUCGAACGCACCGGGAUCGUCGACACUUCCUCCCUUAGCAUUCAUUUCAUAACAUCAACGAUGACGUUUACAUUUCUGUAUCUUAAAAAAAACCGUGACGCGUGUUUUCGUGAAAAAGCCACGUAAACGUGUAUUUGUGUUGUUAUUAUUUCCCCAUUUGAUACCAUUGAUUGUUAGUUCGUGGUGUGUUUUGGAGGGGUUUGGGUUGUUUCCGGAACAAAACCACGUGCGGGCUGAGGGUGGUGUAGUGUUUGGCCAUUUUGUUUACACUCUAAAAUCUGGCGGUUGGAGGAAGGAAGUGUUCCAUCCUCCCCUUGUCACUGAGUUACUAGUUUCUUCUCCUUUGAACUUCCCUCGGAGCAGCUAUUCUCACCGGUUAAACCUCAACCAGACACACGGUGGUCCAACCUGCCUGGCCGUGGCCUGGAUCCUCGGGGGGGGGCACCGAACGAUUCCAUCCGAUUUCCCCAGGGGUGACUAUUCGAUUCAGAAUGGAUUCUGGCAAUGUAUUAGUUGGUUCAAUUAUUACAAUGGAACUUUUUUUCAAAGCAGUUUAGAAAAGCUCCUUUCAGGUUGCUUAAAAAUGGCUUUUUAAAAAAUUGAUUGUUAAAUCGAAGAAUCGCGAUUUGGAUGUGAAUCGAUUUUUUUUUAAAAUUCUGUGCACCCCGAGAUCCUCCACUUGUAAAGGAGGAAGCACAGCCAUUUCCCACAGGGCUUGUUACUGUGGCUGAUGUUUGUAAUGCUUGUAAAUUGGGGGGCUGGGGGAAGGGUCGACUGUCACGUGACGACACUUUUGUGGUGCUUUCACCUUUUUUGGAAUUCCAACAGAGGGGUUCUGCUGUUUUUGUUCUUCUUUUUUUUUGUAUUUGUGCUCCGUGUAAAAAGAAAAAUGCACGAUUGCUUCGUAACGAAGUAUCUGAUAUUGUUCCUGAGUAUUCAGGGCCCUUUUUGUUGUUGUUUUAAUAAACAGUUUUGUUUUUCCAGA